UUGGCCUUUUGGGUGUUGCCGUCUUUUCUGUUCUGUUCUGUUCUUUGCUGUGCAGUGCAAAUCGCCAUUCACAAAGCACCAAUUGCAAUUCCUCUCCAAAUUUGGAAUUGGUGCAGGCCAAAAACUCUCUUCAAGAAAAUCCGCUUGCAGAAAUCUCGAGAUUCAAGAAAAAGCCCUCAGCCAUGGACUUAUCUUCUUCGUUUACUCAUUCCGGUUUCUCCUCUUUUUCUUCUUCACUUCACUACCCUUGCCAAAGAGGACAGUUUGUUCCACCUUCUAGUCGACCAUUGGGUUCUUAUUGUGGAUUUCGCUUCGGCUGUUUCCUUAAUGAACAAUCAAUAGAAAGAUAUUCGGGAAGAUAUUGUCUCCCACAUGAAACAAGAUGUGGUUCAAGUGCUCAUCCUCAAGCUCAUGGCCUUUUCGAUCACAAGCAAAACCUUGGUAGAUUGUUUAGUGGUCGAUAUCGUCAUUCAAAGGAAAAAGUUUCAAGAGAUGUAAUCGUUUGGUCUGAACUUACUGGCACAGGGUCUGCUGGUGCUUCAUAUCCAUUGGGAGAUUCCGUGUCAAGUUCAAAGAUCAGAGGAAUAUGCUUUUAUAUCAUAACAGCUUGUGCUGCCAUCAUCCUCUUUGUUCCAAUGCUUCUAGAACAUCCCUUUGUGCUCAUGUUCGACCGGUGCCGCAGAAAAGCUCAUUACUUUGUUGCCAAAGCCUGGGCUUCUCUGACUGUUGCCCCCUUUAUGAAGAUUAAGUAUGAAGGAUUAGAGAAUCUACCUUCAACCGAUGCCCCGGCAGUGUUUGUGUCUAACCACCAAAGCUUUUUGGACAUAUACACACUCUUAACUCUUGGGAGAAGCUUUAAGUUCAUUAGCAAGACUUCGAUAUUUCUUUAUCCAAUUAUCGGUUGGGCCAUGUUUCUGCUGGGGGUAAUACCAUUAAAGCGCAUGGACUCCAGAAGUCAAUUGGACUGCCUUAAGCGAUGUAUGGCUGUUAUCAAGGAGGGGGCAUCCGUAUGCUUCUUUCCAGAAGGAACGCGAAGCAAAGACGGGCAAUUAGGCUCUUUUAAGAAAGGUGCAUUCAGCGUUGCUGCGAAGACUGGAGUGCCCGUUGUCCCAAUAACUCUUGUCGGAACAGGCAAAAUAAUGCCGGCCGGAAUGGAAGGAAUAUUAAAUCCAGGAUCCGUCAAAGUUAUCAUUCACCCGCCUAUACUCGGCAAAGAUCCCAACACACUUUGCAGUGAGGCAAGAAAUGUCAUUGCCAAUGAGCUUGUUCGCCACGCCUAGGAAAGUGUUAUAUGUAUGCAAAUCAGAGUUUCUGGUUACGGAAUUCGGACAAGAGAAUUCGGGACAUUGUGUCCAGAUGAGAACUAGUCUUUUGCACUGCACAACCGAGGAGAGUUUCUUUGAUCUUGAUGGCUGUUUUUUUGUUUUUGUUUUUGUUUUAUCCCUGACGUAGUGAAAUGGUCGUUUGAGUUGCUGUCAUUCUUGUUUUAACUUCACAUAAAUCUUGACUGUCUUAAACCAAGUGUAAUGUAAGAACUUCUUCACGGCAUUGUUGUAGAACUCGAAUUUUGCUUAAAAGGUGUCCCUGAACGAA